AAAUCUGCAGAAACCCUAAUUUCGAGGGGAUUGAGAUUCUUCCAUUUCCGCCAUGGAAGAAGUAUGCGAAGGAAAAGAAUUCUCAUUCCCUCGUCAAGAAGAAGAUGUCCUCUCAUUCUGGAAUGAAAUCGAUGCUUUCAAAACUCAGCUCAAACGCACUGAGAAUCUCCCUGAGUACAUCUUCUACGACGGACCUCCUUUCGCCACCGGACUUCCUCAUUACGGACAUAUCCUCGCCGGUACGAUUAAAGAUAUCGUGACUCGGUAUCAGUCCAUGAAUGGUCACCAUGUCACUCGUCGGUUUGGGUGGGAUUGUCAUGGCUUACCUGUUGAGAACGAGAUUGAUCGGAAAUUGAAUAUCAAGAGGAGAGAUGAAGUGAUUAAGAUGGGGAUUGAUAAGUAUAAUGAAGAGUGUAGAAGUAUUGUGACUCGUUAUGUUGGUGAGUGGGAGAAGGUUAUUACUAGGACUGGUCGUUGGAUUGAUUUCAAAAAUGAUUAUAAGACUAUGGAUUUGCCUUUUAUGGAAAGUGUUUGGUGGGUUUUUGCUCAGCUUUGGGAUAAGAAUCUUGUUUACAGAGGAUUCAAGGUUAUGCCAUAUAGUACUGGUUGUAAGACACCUUUAUCUAAUUUUGAAGCUGGUCAGAACUAUAAGGAAGUCCCUGAUCCUGAAAUCAUGGUGACUUUUCCGGUUAUUGGGGAUCAAGAUAAUGCUGCUUUUGUGGCAUGGACGACUACUCCGUGGACUCUUCCAAGCAAUCUUGCUUUGUGUGUCAAUGCGAAGUUUGUCUAUGUGAAGGUUCGUAACAAGAACACUGGAAAAGUCUACGUUGUUGCUGAGUCUCGGUUGUCAGCUCUUCCCACUGAUAAGCCCAAGGCCAAGUUAAGUAAUGGACCUGCUGGUGAUACCAAGAAAGCAAAUCCUAAAGCGAAAGGUGCUAAACCUGAGAGUGCAGCUGAUUCUUAUGAAGUUUUGGAAAAAAUUAAUGGAGCUUCCCUGGUUGGGAAGAAGUAUGAACCUUUGUUUGAAUACUUUAGCGAUUUCUCAAGUGAAGCCUUUCGAGUAGUAGCAGAUGAUUAUGUCACUGAUGACAGUGGUACUGGUAUUGUCCACUGUGCUCCUGCCUUUGGUGAAGAUGAUUAUCGUGUUUGUCUUUUGAACAAAAUAAUCAAAAAGGGGGAGAAUCUAGUUGUUGCUGUUGAUGAUGAUGGGUUGUUUACUGAGAGAAUUACCCACUUCAGUGGCUGUUAUGUCAAAGAUGCAGACAAGGAUAUAAUUGAAGCCGUUAAGGCCAAGGGCAGGCUUGUUAAAACGGGAAGCUUUACUCACUCAUAUCCAUUUUGCUGGCGAUCAGACACCCCUCUCAUAUACAGAGCUGUUCCAAGUUGGUUUGUUCGUGUGGAGCAGUUGAAAGAAAAGUUGUUAAAGAGCAAUGACCAGACAAGAUGGGUACCUGGUUAUGUGAAGGAUAAACGUUUUCACAAUUGGCUCGAAAAUGCAAGGGAUUGGGCAAUCAGCCGAAGUAGAUUUUGGGGCACGCCUCUUCCGAUAUGGAUCAGUGAUGAUGGGGAGGAAGUUGUGGUCAUGGAUUCCGUAGAGAAGCUUGAAAAGCUCUCUGGUGUCAAGGUCUUUGAUCUGCAUCGUCACCAUAUUGAUCAUAUUACAAUCCCAUCUAGUCGUGGCCAUGAGUUUGGUGUGCUUCGUCGUGUAGAAGACGUUUUUGAUUGUUGGUUUGAGAGUGGCUCAAUGCCUUAUGCGUAUAUCCAUUACCCAUUUGAAAACAAGGAGCUAUUUGAGAAUAACUUUCCUGGUCAUUUUGUGGCUGAAGGGCUUGAUCAAACUCGUGGAUGGUUUUAUACUCUUAUGGUGUUGUCUACUGCAUUAUUUGAAAAACCAGCAUUUAAAAAUCUGAUUUGCAAUGGUCUUGUACUUGCUGAGGAUGGAAAAAAGAUGAGUAAAAAACUACGGAAUUAUCCACCACCUUUGGAAGUCAUAGAUGAGUAUGGGGCUGAUGCUGUGCGAUUGUACCUGAUAAAUUCUCCGGUUGUACGUGCUGAGACACUACGCUUCAAAAAAGAAGGAGUACUUGGUGUUGUCAAAGAUGUAUUCCUUCCAUGGUACAAUGCAUAUCGGUUCCUUGUUCAGAAUGCAAAAAGACUUGAGACUGAGGGUGGUGGGCCCUUUGUUCCUACUAAUCUGGCAACUUUACAGUCAGCAAACGUUCUUGAUCAGUGGAUUCACUCAGCUACACAGAGUCUUGUUCGUACUGUUCGCAAGGAGAUGAAAAAAUAUCAGCUUUACACUGUGGUUCCUCAUCUCUUGAAGUUCCUCGACAGUCUCACUAACGUAUAUGUUAGAUUCAACCGCAAGAGGUUAAAAGGCCGUACGGGGGAAGAUGAUUGUCACACUGCUCUUUCAACUCUAUUCAAUGUGCUCCUUACUACUUGCAAAGUGAUGGCCCCUUUUACACCUUUCUUCACUGAAACUUUAUACCAGAAUUUGCGGAAAGCGUGUAAAGGUUCUGAGGAAAGCGUUCACUAUUGCAGUAUUCCACCAGAGGAAGGAACGGAAGGGGAGAGGAUUGAGGAUAGUGUUACAAGGAUGAUGAAAAUCAUUGAUCUUGCUCGGAACAUUCGUGAGCGUAACAAACUACCCUUGAAAACUCCUCUAAAGGAAAUGAUUGUAGUCCAUCCAGAUGCAGAAUUCUUAAAUGACAUAACAGGAGUACUAAGAGAGUAUGUCUUGGAAGAACUUAACGUAAGAUCUCUUGUACCAUGCAAUGAUACUCUGAAGUAUGCAUCUCUAAAAGCAGAACCAGAUUUCAGUGUAUUGGGAAAGCGACUUGGAAAGUCGAUGGGGCUUGUUGCAAAGGAAGUUAAAGAAAUGUCUCAAAAAGAUAUCUUAACAUUUGAGAAGGCUGGGGAAGCUACUAUUGCUAACCACUUGCUAAAGCUAAAAGAUAUCAAGAUUGUUAGGGUUUUCAAACGCCCAGACGAUUUGAAAGAUAAUGAGAUUGAUUCCGCUGGAGAUGGUGAUGUUUUGGUGGUUCUGGAUCUACGAGCAGAUGAUUCUUUGGUCGAAGCAGGUUUUGCCCGUGAGAUUGUCAAUAGGAUCCAGAAACUGCGGAAAAAGUCAGGUCUGGAACCAACAGACACUGUGGACGUGUACUUUGAAUCAUUGGACGAGGAUGAAUCUGUUUCUAAACAAGUUCUAGUCUCUCAGGAACAAAACAUUAAGGAUUCAAUCGGCUCCCCUUUGCUUCUGUCUACUUUAAUGCCAUCGCAUGCUGUCAUAAUAGCCGAUGAGACAUUUACACCAAAAGAAACAUCCGAUGAGAGUGUCAAAAAGGCUCCAAAGUUGUCAUAUAAGAUAAGUUUGGCUAGACCGGCUUUGAAGUUCAAUGAAGAGGCUAUUCUUGCUUUAUACUCGGGAGAUGUGAAAUCUGCAACCGGGCUCCAAACAUACUUGUUAUCAAGGGAUCAUUCAAAUUUAAAAUCGGAGUUCCAAGCCGGAGAUGGGAAGAUAACUUUAAGCUGUGUUGAAAACCUGCCUGCUGUGACUGUUGUUCUAGGAGAACAUUUGCAUCUGUCAGUCGGUGACGACUUUUUGAGCAAGAGGAACGCAUGAGCCCUCCUUCAGUUUUGCCUGAUUGAUUGUGGUAACCCGGGAUUUAUUUCAAACGUUUAAUCCCUUAUUUUUCUUCUUCCAUACCUUACCUGUUAAAGUGCUUCUUUAGAUUGUUGCAAAAAGUUUAAAUGCCAGUGUUGAGACUCUUUUACUCGUUCUAUUUGUACAAUACUAAACUUUUAUUCAACUC